CCAAAACAAAUGCGUGAUAACUUAACCAAAGAACCUGUUUUCGUUUUUUGUGGUCCAUUAAAAAAGAGAUUCGACAACCUUGAACACUCGCUGUUGACACUUACUACAAACAAACAGAGAAGCGAACGACAAAAUAAACAUUGAUAAGACAUAAUAAGAAUAAGAGGCCAGCGCAGAGAGCUCUUAGUGUGUCUGUGUUGUUGUUAUUCACAUUGCGUAUCAGUCGUCGACAAGCAGUGCUACCAAACGGAAGUUCAUUUCAUCAACGCUUCUAUUUAGGGGACACCACGUGCGCUAGAACAUAGAGUUUUCUGACAGAAAGUCUGCAAAUUGAUGCUAUAUGCGCAUGAUUCCAGAUUUCAAUAAUACGCUAUUUGGUGUUAAUUUAAUUUUUUACACAAAGGGGACACACGCUCCAUAUAGAAAUUACGCUAGCGAGAGCAACGAACGCAUAGGCGCUAAUACGUAAUCAGCAGAGACUGCGACAGCGACGGCGACUGCGGCGGCGUGGGCGCAACAGUAAGCGACGCAGCGGAAAGCACUAGAAAAGAGAAAAUUCAACUAUUACUACAACAACAACAAAAGCUACAUUAUCAACAAUGGUUUCAUAUUUUGUGCCGCGCAGCCGUGUUCUGCUUAAGGCUGGCAACAUACGCAAAGCAGUACAGGAGCAGCAGCCUGCUAAGCAUAUGCAACAAAAUGGCAGCUGGCCAGUGUUACGCCAUUUUCGCCAACUACCCACAAACGCCGCCUCAAAUGGCUCCUCGUCGGCAGCUGCAAAGGCAACUCUGCAGAAUCUCAAAGAGCAAAAGCAGCUGCAAAUGAGACGCAAUAUGCUGCAGCGUUGGACCGGCUUUCUGUUGCGUUGGGCGCCAAUGGGCCUGUGUGUAUUUGGUGCCAUAGAAUGGCAAUUACAUAAAAUGCGGUGCGAACGUGACGGAGCACCACGCACUGCUUCAGAAUUCCAAUCAAAGAUUUACUGCUCGCUGCCGCUGCGCAUCAUAAGCCGCUGCUGGGGUUGGCUGGCCUCGUGCUACAUGCCAAACACACUGCGACCCUACAUCUACGGCUGGUACUCGAAUAUGUUUGAUGUUAAUCUAAACGAGGCCUUAUACCCAGACUUUAAUCACUACAACAGUCUACAGCAAUUCUUUACGCGACCCUUAAGAGAGGGCGUGCGAAUCAUAGACGCAAAGGCGCCGCUCGUAUCUCCCGCCGACGGAAAGGUGCUGCACUUUGGUAGCGCCACCGAUCAUCUUAUCGAGCAAGUAAAAGGCGUAGAUUAUAGCAUUGAGGAUUUCUUGGGACCGCUGCAGACGGUCGAGCAAGCAAAUGCUUCAAUCAGCUAUGCCCAGGCGCUCAAAGAAAAGCGCGACGGCUCCACGGAUCUGUAUCAGUGUGUCAUUUAUCUAGCGCCUGGCGACUAUCAUCGCUUUCACUCACCCGCUGCCUGGCAGCCACAGGUGCGCCGUCAUUUCUCUGGCGAGCUGCUUUCGGUCAGCCCGAAGGUGGCCAGCUGGCUGCCCGGGCUCUUCUGCCUGAACGAGCGUGUGCUUUAUAUGGGCAAGUGGCAGCAUGGUUUCUUUAGUUACACUGCCGUUGGUGCUACCAAUGUGGGCUCCGUUGAAAUUUUUAUGGACUCUGAACUAAAAACUAACCGCUGGAACGGCUUAAAUGUCGGCGCACAUCCACCAAGCACUUAUGAAUAUGAUGAGCUCGAUUUAAUCACAAAGCAAUCGGAUGAUAAACAGGUGCCAAAGUUUGUCAAAGGCGAUCUUAUUGGACAGUUUAAUAUGGGCAGCACCAUCGUGCUGUUGUUCGAGGCGCCAAAGAACUUCAAAUUCGACAUUGCCGCUGGCCAGAAGAUACGCGUCGGCGAAUCCCUAGGACACAUUGCAGAGCACAACUGACAAAUUCCUAUAAAGGCACCCAAUUGUGAUGAGCCUGCAAAGUCUUUAUAUUUAGAUGCCAUACAUCUCCUGCAAACAUACGAAUGCUCAACAUGGAUAUUUAAUGAAUUUCAAAGAUGUUCAUCAUGAAUUGGAGUAUUGUAUUUAACUCUGUAUGUGUGUAUUUUGUUAGUUAAAGCUUUUUGUACCUCAGAAACGAAUUGUAUUUGCAAUUGUAAUAGUA